GCGGUGAGCGCCGUCACCAGGGAGUGCGGGAAUCCGCCGUUUGCGCGGAGGCAAUGGCGGCUGCUACGCCGGCGGCCGCGGGCGAGGAUGGCCGGCAACGGCGCCUUGGGGCAACACUGGACCCUCAGCCUCAAGAGGGGACAAAGGUGGAGGCUGAGUCAGGGGAGCUCGGCCGGCUGCGGGCUGAGCUGGCAGGUGCCUUGGCCGAAAUGGAGACCAUGAAGGCCGUGGCAGAGGUGAGCGAGAGCACUAAGGCGGAGGCUGUGGCUGCAGUACAGCGGCAAUGCCAGGAGGAGGUGGCCUCACUGCAAGCCAUUCUGAAAGACUCCAUCAGCAGCUACGAAGCCCAGAUCACCUCUCUGAAGCAGGAGCGGCAGCAGCAGCAGCAGGACUGUGAGGAGAAGGAGCGGGAGCUGGGUCGCCUGAAGCAGCUGCUAUCCCGGGCUCACCCCCUGGAUUCCUUGGAGAAGCAGAUGGAAAAGGCCCACGAGGACUCGGAGAAGCUCCGGGAGAUCGUGCUGCCCAUGGAGCAGGAGAUUGAGGAGCUGAAGGCGAAACUGCUGAGGGCAGAGGAGCUGAUUCAAGAGAUCCAGAGACGGCCCCGGCAGCCUCCUUCCUUGCAUGGCUCCACGGAGCUGCUGCCCCUGUCCCGGGACCCAUCUCCCCCGCUGGAGCCUCUCGAGGAGCUGAGUGGAGAUGGGGGUGCGGCCGCAGAGGCCUUCGCCCACAACUGUGACGACAGCGCCUCCAUCUCCUCCUUCUCCCUUGGCGGUGGGGCCGGCAGCAGCGCCUCCCUGCCCCGUCACCGCCAGGGCCUGAGCCCCGAGCAGGAAGAGACAGCCUCUCUGGUGUCCACCGGCACCUUGGUCCCCGAGGGCAUCUACCUGCCCCCGCCUGGUUACCAGCUUGUCCCCGACAGCCAGUGGGAGCAGCUGCAAGUGGAGGGGCGGCAGCUGCAGAAGGAUCUGGAGAGCCUGAGUCGGGAGCGAGAUGAGCUGCAGGAAGGCCUGAGACGGAGCAACGAGGACUGUGCCAAGCAGAUGCAGGUGCUCCUGGCCCAGGUCCAGAACUCAGAGCAGCUGCUGCGGACCCUGCAGGGCACCGUGAGCCAGGCCCAGGAGCGGGUUCAGCUGCAGAUGGCAGAGCUGGCCACUUCCCACAAGUGCCUGAGCCACGAGGUGAAGCGGCUGACUGAAGAAAACCAAGGGCUCCGGGCCGAGCAGCCGCCAUCCGCUGCCCCGCAGGGCCUGGAGCAGGCAGAGGGCCCAGAGGAGUCACUGCCCAGCUCGGUGCCGGAGCUGCAGCAGCUGGUGCGCCGCACGCGGCAGGAGGCGUGGGCCCAUCGGCAGGCCCAGGAGCACGAGGCUGAGCGCCUGCGGAUCGAGAUCGUGACGCUCAGGGAGGCGCUGGAGGAGGAGACGGCAGCCAGGGCCAGCCUGGGGGGCCAGCUCAGGGUGCAGCGGGAGGAGACAGAGGUGCUGGAGGCCUCCCUGUGCAGCCUGAGGACAGAGAUGGAGCGUGUCCAGCAGGAGCAGGGCAAGGCCCAGCUCACGGACCUCCUCUCAGAACAGAGGGCCAAGGUGCUGCGGCUGCAGGCUGAGCUGGAGACCAGCGAACAGGUGCAGAGGGAUUUUGUCCGACUGUCCCAGGCCCUGCAGGUGCGCCUGGAACGGAUUCGUCAGGCGGAGAAUCUGGAGCAGGUGCAGAGAAUCAUGGACGAGGCCCCCCUCAGGGACAUCAGAGACAUCAAGGACACCUGAGGGGGUACACUGGAGAACCCACCUGCCCCAGGGAGACGGGCUUUCUCUGCUGCAGAACCAUGCAUCCUGGGCUCCAGGGGGUCUCAGGCUAGUCUUCACCCUCUACAAACCUGGGGUUAGAUGGCGGGGCUCCUACUGCCCUGUCCCUCCAGUGCCUCUUCCCAGGGUGGUUGGGCCUUUUGCUUUCAGGGGUGACGCCUGGGUGAGGGUUCCCCCAGGAACCAAAGGCACAGGCCCAGCCCUGCGGCUUUCCGGCUGUCCCGCUCCCCGCCCCCAGCCAGGCUCACAGGCCUGCCAGUUACGGCCAGUCCCCUCCCCCAGGCACAGAGCUGUGAGUGGUGGCUGGGCCUCCAGUCCCAGGUCAGCCGGGUCCC